UCUUGCUGCGGAAGAGGGAUGCGAAAGAGAUGGCUGAACUUAGAUAGCCCUGUGUUUGGGAAUAUCGUCGCUAUGGACCUUCUCCAGAGGAAAGACGGGAGCAGCGGGCGACUGCUCGUCCUCGCAGCAGUGUUUGUGUGCUGUUUGGGCUCUGUGAGCUGUUUCGGACAGAGCCUAGACAGCGAGUUCACGUUUCUGCUGCCAGCCGGAAGAUCCGAGUGUUUCUUUCAGACAGCAGUGAAGAAUGGUACGAUGGAGGUCGAAUAUCAGGUGAUAGCGGGUGCCGGUAUGGAUGUAGACUUCACCAUCCUCUCUCCAGAGGGCAUCCGGCUCAUCAUCGAGUCUCGGCGUUCCGACGGAGUCCAUGUGGUGGAGCCAACGCAGGAGGGAGACUAUGAAAUCUGCUUUGACAACAGCUUCAGUCGCUUCUCCGAGAAGAUGGUGUUCUUUGAGAUUAUCAUCGAGGGUCAAGGGGGAGACGUGGGUGGAGAUGAAGAGUGGGCGGGAUUAGAAGAGCCUGAUGGUAGCCUUCUGGAGUACAAGCUGGAGGACAUCCGGGAGUCCAUGGACUCUCUGCACAGACGGCUGGAGCGCAGCCGGCACAUGCAGACGGUGUUGCGGGCUUUUGAGGCACGGGACCGAAACCUUCUGGAAGACAACCUGUGGAGGGUCUCAUUCUGGUCCUGUGCCAGUGUGCUGGUGAUGCUGUGUGUGGCCCUUACCCAGGUCUACACUGUCCGUAAAUUGUUUGACGAUAAGCGGAGGGUCUACACAUAGAGGGAUCAUUUUGCAGGGAUAAAAGCCUGGGAAGGAGAAACACUCCAACACAAGAUGUUCAGAUGGUUACCCAUUCAGAUUGUGCUCUAUUCUUUUUCAUUUGGUCCGCGUCAUCACCAGCAUUCAGCAUCAUCUUAGCUCUUUUUUACUUCUAAAAUCUUGUUUUAGAUCAGUUUGUGAGCAAUAAUUAAACAUCUGUAGAUCAUGAAGGGUAACCGGACGAGGACGAGAGUGAGGAAGUUUAUUGCUUUUCAUUUAGUGCCUUUAAUGUCAAAUCUUACCACAAACCAGUGAGGAAAUAUAGUUUGAAAGGCACUGACUAGAUGCACAGAACAGUAAAUGUUGUAUAACUGCUGUCUAGCGUUUCUGAAACUGGUUUAGAGGUUUUGGGUUUUUUUCGUUAAAGGUGAAAUUGUCCAUACUAAAGGUUAAAGGUAAAGUUAUAUGC